AACAAACAUCACCAUCUGUCUAACCAACCAAUCAUACUGCAUACUCCCUCCCUCUCUACCAAAAACAAUGCAUAUUUUCCUUUUCUGAUAUUUAAAUUUCUUUUUAAAUUAAUAAAGGUUUAGUUCACAUUAUUACUCCCCUCUAUGCUAAUUCUCUCCUCUACACAAAUUUUAAUCACAUUAUUAAUCUCCUCUUGAUUCAAAAUUGGUCAAUCUGUAUGGGUUGGAUAUAUACUUACAAACUCCAGCCUGCAACAACAUCAUACAACCUCCUCAAAGCUACCACUCACCUAACUCUCUCUGUCUCUUUCACAAAUAAUUGCUCCCACCCCAUCAGUCCUUGCAUUUGAACUAUCUGCUCAUUUGCAGUAGAAUAGAAUAAACAGAGAAGAAGAUCCAGAAACUGGCAUAUAUUUUCAACUCAAAUUGCCUGAAGAUUGAAACUUUGGUGAAUGCUGAGGAGAAGACACAGAAGAUGAAAAGCUCUGUAGUGUCAAGAAGCUGGGCUGUGUUUGACAAGAAUGGGGAAAGCGCAGUUGUGGAUUUGGAUAAGUAUGGAAUCAUGAAAAGGGUUCCCAUUCACUCCCGGGAUCUGCGCAUUCUUGACCCUCUCCUCUCCUAUCCCUCUGCUAUUCUUGGCAGAGAAAAAGUGAUUGUUCUCAACUUGGAGCAUAUCAAAGCUAUAAUAACUUCUGAAGAGGUUUUACUUCGUGACCCACAGGAUGACAAUGUUAUACCUAUUGUUGAAGAACUUCAAAGAAGGUUGCCCCUCGCUAACGGUCUAGCAGAAAGGGACGACGAUGACGGGUCACAACCGGGGUUAAGAACUAGUGAAGAAACUGAUGUUGAGCAAACCGAGUUCCCUUUUGAGUUUCAAGCCUUAGAAGUAGCUCUAGAAGGUAUAUGCAGCUUUCUUGACACACAAACAAGGGACUUGGAGACUGCAGCUUACCCUGCUUUAGACGUAUUAACUGCAAAGAUUAGUAGUAGUAAUCUGGAUCGGGUGCGCAAACUGAAGAGCGCAAUGACAAGAAUGACAAGUCGGGUUCAGAAAGUGAGGGAUGAACUUGAGCAACUUCUUGAAGAAGAUGAUGACAUGGGAGAUCUUUACUUAUCAAGGAAAUCAGCAGCAGCAGUUUCUUCUCCAACGAGCUGUAAUGUGGUUCCUGACUUGUUCCAUGACUCUCCAACCAUUAGCUCUAAAUUGUCCAGAACCAGUAGGAGAUCAACUCAUCAUGGUGAAACUGAUGUUGAGGAACUUGAAAUGCUUCUUGAGGCUUACUUUGUGCAAAUAGAGAGUACUAUGAACAAGUUAACAACGUUGCGAGAAUACAUCGAUGACACAGAAGAUUAUAUUAAUAUACAGCUUGACAAUCACCGAAAUCAGCUCAUCCAGUUAUGGAAGGAACCGAUGGGCGCAGCUGGAGCUGUUCUUAAGUUCUGGUACGGUCUGCUUGACAGUUUACUCAAUGGUGGCUGCCAUAUUCGGCAUGAAUAUCCCCCAUCCUUGGAAAGAUCAUCACGGCUACCUCUUCAAAUGGGUGGUCAUCUUGGCAUCACUGAUUUGCGGGUCCCUCUUCAUAUCAUUAAUCUCUUAUGCACGACACAGGGGUCUGGUGGGAUGAUCGAUCUUCCUUCCAUCUGCUCCAAUAAGGGCAUCUUUUCUUUCAUCGGACAAAUUACAAUAUAUUGGUUCAUUUUUGGAGCAAUACUUUGUCUAUAAAAAGUUGGCAUGUUCCUCAUUUUGACUACUCCCUAUUCUUUAUAAAUGUUUACUAUUCGGUAUUCUUAUUCAUUAUACUCCCUAAUUCGUAGGGAUGGGAUCGGUCCGGUUUGAAUCGGGUUUUUGCUAAACCCGGAAAUUACCCGGAAGGUCUUAGGUUAUGAAAAUUAGGGACUGGAACAAAGCCCAUUAUAUUUGGUCCGAGUCGGGUUUUUGGUUGCCCGGGUUCGGUCCGGGUUCAGGUUGGACCGGUUAAAGCCCGGCCGUGA